CCUACCAUCACCAUCGUCGAGGCCAUCAUCCCGACCUCCCUCCCUGUCACGACAUUGACCUGCUCUUGACAGUCACCUGUCCUUCUUCUCACGCCUCUCCCUCCCUCUCUUUCUGCCAUUACCGCCUCCCCACCUGGGCGCAUCACGCCGUCAUGGCCACGACGCCCUAUUCCUCCGACCUGUCCGACUCUGACCGCGAUGAUGCUGGUCCUUCCACCCGUCGUCAUCUCCAAGUCUCGUCAUCCAAGGCAGAUCCAGAAGUCCUAGCCCCUAUCGUCGACCCACUACUAGCAUCGCGGAGAGUCAACUACUACCACUCUCCCCUCAUCGGAAGCUUCUCGUAUGGAUAUGGACAUCCCAUGAAACCGCAGAGGAUGAGAAUGGCCCAUUCCCUCAUUAGUGCCUAUGGACUUGAUCAGUGCAUGACACUCAGGGAGCCAAAAGAGGCGGACAAGGUUGAUAUGACCAGGUUUCACACGGAUGAGUACAUCGACUUUCUCGAGAGGGUCAAUCCUGAUAACGGCAUGGCGCUUACAGGCGCCGGUACAAGGUUCCUCGUAGGAGAGGACUGUCCGCCCUUUCAGUCCGUGUUUCAAUUCUGCUCCCUCUCCAGCGGAGGAUCCAUCAGCGCUGCCAAUGCCAUCAACAGCGGCUCAGCAGACAUAGCCAUCAACUGGGCUGGCGGGCUGCAUCAUGCCAAGAAGCGCGAAGCUAGUGGGUUCUGCUAUACCAACGAUAUUGUUCUGGGGAUAUUGGAAUUGCUGAGGGUCCACUCCCGGGUGUUAUACAUUGACAUCGAUAUUCAUCACGGAGAUGGCGUUGAAGAAGCCUUCUACUCUACGAAUCGGGUUCUCACCCUCUCCAUACACAAGUUCGGAGACUUUUUCCCAGGUACUGGAGACGUCAAAGACGUUGGUAUCGGGCCGGGCAAGGGAUAUGCUGUCAAUGUACCUCUGCGGGACGGUGUCGGAGACCGGGAAUACCAGUCGUUGCUGUUCCAACCGGUCGUCCAGCAUAUCAUGGAGUGGUACCGCCCUGGAGCUGUCGUUCUGCAAUGUGGAGCGGACUCUCUCGCAGGAGACAAGCUCGGAUGCUUCAAUCUUUCAAUGAGGGGCCACGCAGCAUGCGUGUCCUAUUUGCAAUCAUUCAACGUGCCUCUCCUCAUGGUCGGGGGAGGUGGCUAUACCGUGCGGAAUGUUGCUAGAACCUGGACAUACGAGACUGCUCUGCUCCUUGGCAGAGAGCCAGAUGAAGACCUUCCCUUUAACGAGUACAUGAACUGGUUCGGACCCGAGUACAAGCUCGACGUCAGACCUACCUCGAUGGAGAAUCUCAACUCGGAUGCCUAUCUUGAAGGUCUCAGGAGCAGAAUCAUAGACACGUUGAGGGGCUUGCCGUUUGCUCCGAGCGUACAGAUGCAGCCUACGCCCAAGUAUGCGCUGAAUGCCCACGCGGAAGGCCAGCUGAGCGACUCGGAGGAAGAAGGAGAGCUGGAGAAAAGGAUCAGCAAGUUACUCGAGCCCGCAUACAGCAACAGCUUGAUUCGCCGCUAUCCGACGCCGAGUCUUCCCUUGACGAGGAAGAGGAAGGACAAGGGCAGGAGAACGGCUCUCGCUACUCUUCUGCCGCGCGUCAGGAGACCAAGAGACGCGACCGCUCAGACCGGACCCUGAAGCGACUUCUGUGGUCUGGCAACCAGUCGCUCGACCAGGCCAACGGACGUCAGCGAAGCUUCUUCGAGAGGGAAGGAAGUGUCAUGUCUACGGCCUCCUCCGUUGCCGGACCGGGCAAGAGCUGGCUCGGCAUGGGCUACUCGCCCAGCGGCCUCGCCAACG